AUGUUGCACUCGAAACUGGGUCGCGUGAUGAGCUUGGUGUACUACCACUGCGUAUUCUUUGCCCUGAUGGGCUCUACGUUGAGGAUACGCUCCCGCAAGGAAACCAUUCGCUUGGACAAGCUUUCGCGGACUUACCUCGCAUACAGCCUUUUAACUAGCGUAUUUAUGCUCUUGAACAUAUACUGCAUACUCCCCCAGGCCCAACGAGACGGCUAUAUAAAGAACAACAUAGUCCUGCAACUAAACUUUGUGGUGAUGGUGUUCCUACGCCUGAUGACUGUCCUGUGCUGCUACUCCACCAUUUGGCUGAAGCGCCGGAAAAUCAUUCAGCUCUGCAAGAGCUCGCUGGCUUAUUGGAAGAGAUUCAGGAACAUAAUGGAGGCCAUUGUGAAUAAGCAGGAACUGGAAGACCUGCAAGUCUCCCUGGCCUGGACCAUGAUCCAGGAAAUAAUGGUGCUCUACGCAUCCUUUCUGUUCUCCGCUCUGAUACAGUAUCAGCUUCUCAGUGUGGUCAGCAAGCGGAGUUUGCUGGCUUUCAGUACAAGGCUCGUACACCUCCUGCACUUCCUCGUGGUGAAAAUGGGGGUUUAUGGCCUACUCAUACUGCUGUAUCACCAGUUCAUGGUAAUCCACCUGGCAUUAAACGCCCUUCCUAGGAGAAAGGUCGUUGGGAAAUGGAGAGCCCUGCGAUCCGUAGCCACUAUGCACUCGGAAACCCUUCAGCUGGCCAGGUCCAUUUUUAGGAUCUGCAACCUAAUUAACGCCACGGUGUUCGUCAACAUUUUCAUGGCCACCUUGAACAUCCUGUACCAUGCUGUGCAGUUCAGCAACCAAACCAUCAAAUCCGAUGGAUGGGGGAUAGUGUUCGGCAACGGACUGAUUCUGUUCAACCUCUGGGGAACCCUGCUGUUGAUGGAAAUGCUGAACAAGGUGGUGACCUCCUGCAACAGCACUGGCCAAACUCUAAGACGAUUCAGCGACCUGCCAAGCGUGAGGAAAAAGCUACAGCGGGAGCUGGACAUUUUUACCAUGCAGCUGAAGCGCAGCCACUUGGUCUUCAAAAUCUGCGGGCUUGUGGAGCUGGACAAGCCGGCUGGUCUCAGGUUCCUAGCCUCGAUUCUGAGCAACGUCAUUAUCCUCAUGCAGUUCGACCUGCGGCGGAACCCACAGCCAAACAGUUCUGAGUACCUCACGCAUCUGAUCAGAAACAAAUCUGAGGUCUAA